AUCCCAAGAUUGUGGCCAUAAAAGGCGCAGCUCCAGAAAUAAAAAUAGUAUUUUGAAAUUCAAGAUUAUCACUUUGCGCUGCCAAAGCAAACAGCGUAUAGUGCUGCGAAGAGUUUCCAGUCAGUGGUGGUCGUUGCGUUUGUCGUUGUUGUCAGUUGUUUCCGUUUUUGAGGAUAUGUUUGCCCAGAAUUUACAGGACAUGUCCUCGAUAUGUUCCUCUCUGCGACUUCUCUUGCCUCCUUGGAGACGCAAGGAUGCUUACCUCGUCUUGGUCCCCUUGUAUUCCAAGAGGCAGCAUUCCCUCAUCAUCCGCGCAGUUCCUCCUCCUUCUUCCUGCUCGGAGAGCGACGGUUCAGCGCCGAAGCCGAGACGGAGCCAGGUGGGUUAUGAUCCGGCCGAGGAGUUACUGGGGCUCGAGGUCGAUCUGCCCUCAAGGAAUGCCAUUUCUGGCGCACCCCGACCAAGGUCCUGGUUUGGCCCUAGUGGCCAGUAUAUGAGAGAGCUGCCUUGCCCAAGUUGUCGGGGAAGGGGUUAUACUCCUUGUACUGAUUGCGGAAUUGAAAGAUCAAGACUGGACUGUUCACAGUGCAGUGGAAAGGGUAUAGUGACCUGCCGUCGGUGCUUGGGCGAAUGUGUUUUAUGGGAAGAAUCAAUUGAUGAACAACCUUGGGAGAAAGCCCGAUCCAUUUCUCCAUUCAAAGUGAAGGAGGAUGAUGAAGUUGAUAAUCUAGACAUAAAGCUGGAUGUAAGGAAAAAGUCAAAGCGAGUGUACCAGUCAACAUCUCCUGAAGUUGGUCUGAAGAUCAGCCGAGCACUUAAAAGUCUUAAUGAGAAAACUGGACUAUUUAGCAACAGAAUGAAGAUCAUUCACCGUGAUCCCAUGCUUCAUGCACAAAGAGUGGCUGCAAUCAAGAAAGCCAAAGGAACUCCUGCAGCAAGGAAACGUGCUUCUGAACUGCAGAAAGCUUUUUUCAGUGAUCCUGAAAACCGCCGAAAGAGGAGCAUAGCCAUGAAAGGCAUUAGAUUUUACUGCUCAUACUGUGGACGCGAAGGACAUAGGAGGCAUUAUUGUCCAGAACUAAGGGACAGUUUGAUCGACAGGCGUUUCAGAUGUCAGGUCUGUGGAAAAAAGGGCCAUAAUAGAAGAACUUGUAAUAAGCCAGGGUGGAGAUACACCAAAAGCCCCGCCGCUAAGUCUCCUCAUUGCAGAAUCUGCAGUCAGAGUGGCCAUAAUCGCCGGACGUGCCCUAAGAGAGUCAGGGCCAUUCGAGUCAGUAAUGAUAUGAAAAUUAGACUGAUUUCCGCGAGAAAGACGUAUACUUGUAGGUUAUGCCAAUGUAAAGGACACAACAUUCGAAGUUGUCCUAGUAGAGAUUCAGAUAAGUCAGCUGUCAAACUUCAAUCUGACAGACGAAACAAAUGAGAAGUAUUUUUACAGAUUGCAGAAAUUGCAAAUGAGUAGAGCAUGAAUGGAAAUUCUCCUA